UUUGGAUAGAAGCGCCACUUCUUCUUGUUUAUUCUUGAUUUGCAUUGUUUGAAACAUACUCAUAGAACGUGUAGACGUUAAGUCCAUGGUGGUACAGCAUACGCUUAUAAGAAUGACCACCUCAAUGCGAGUUUCCUGUAUAGGAUAUACUCCUGUGUAAACUAGGCGAGUUGGGGUGUCAACAUGUCAUGGCGGGGCUCAGGAAACCACCUGGACUCAAAUGUCCCUGAUUACCAGAAGAUGUUACAGGGGCGCUCCACCUCCUCAGGAUGGAGCAGUACCCAGCCAUCAUUUUCCUCAUACUCGAGCAGAUUUCCUGGGGCCUCAUCGGGCAGCUUCCUGAACUCUCGAAACAACCCCGGCUACUCACACACGAGCCAACAGGCUGGAUACUCGAGCACCUACCAGCCUGGCAAGUAUGGGGUGCCCGUCGAUCCAUCGUUCAACACCACUGCAACUUCAGCAGCUAAUUAUAGAACGCUCACUACUGAUGAGAGCUCAGCGAGACAAAAUAAUGGGUAUGAUGAUAAGACAUAUGGCUAUGUAGGUCGCGAGUUUGACCUUGAGCCUUAUAGGAGUGCUUCCCACAGAGUUACGGAUUACGCGAGUGAUAGUGGUUACGGGUUGAGUGCUGGUCAGGGUCAUGCCAGACAAACAGACUAUUCUAGUGAUUCGGGUAGAGGGCAUUUAAGUCGACCAUCUACGACAGAAUAUUCUAGUGAUGGCGGGAUGAAAUAUAGACAUCGACGGCAAAAGUCUGGUGAAUUUGAUCUGGAAAUCCCUAGUCUUGAUUCUUCUCACAGUCCGACACGAUCUCAGAACGAUGACCUUUUCACUUCACCUGCAAAAAGUCAUGUAACUGUAUCAGAAUUUGAGAGAUUCACUAAAAAUCAGGGUAACUAUGACAGCGAUGGCCACUCUGAGCACUACAAUCAUAUAAAACACUUGUCCCGAAGUGAGCCAAAUUUAGACAAUCAUACUAACCAUAAAAAUCAUUCAUCCAGAAAUUCAAGAACUAAUCAAAAUGGAGAUGGAAGAGUAUCUCAUCAUGACUCUGACCAUGACCUUCAUAACAGUAGCAAUGAGAAACCUCAGGACGAAAAUGAUGACGAUUUUAGGGCGAACUUUGCAUCGCCGCCAUUGUUUCAAGGAAACAUGGCAGACAUUACCAUGGCCAACCCCAAAAAGCACCAAGGAGGUAGGGGUCGUGCCAGUGACCUCACAAAGUGGCAGCAAGGUCAAAGGUCAUCGAGGAGUCCAACACGGGAAGAACACGACAACCAUGAUAGGCUGACCUUGAAACCUCCACAUGGUAAAGGACACCAUAGGGAGCAGAAGACGUUAAGAGAUUAUGACUACGACCCUCGUACACAGGCUGACCUCUUGCACCAGCAAGAUGUUGAGGAGCGAUUGCGUGCGCGCGUGGAGCAGCUUGAGGGCGUGGUGAAGGAGUAUAAGCGUGGCCAUAGGGGCUGGGCAGAUGAUCCAGGGGUAGGAGGCUCAUUCUCACAAAUGCAGGAGUUGGAGUAUAGGAAUGCUGAGUUGCGCACAGAGCUUGCCAGGGUUAAGCUUCAGAAAGAUACAGAGGUGGAGGACCUAGAAAUCAAACUGGGGGGUGUUGAGAAUGAAGUAGUUGAGUUGAAGGAAGCUCUGAGGAAGACCCAGCCAGACACUGCCAACAUAAAGCACAGGCUGUGUGAGCGAGAGGAUGAAAUUGUCGAGUGGAAGAUGAAGCAUGGCCAGCUUGCAGAGAAGUACGCUCGCCUCAAGGAGAAGGUGGACGGCAUGGAGCGUUACCUCGCCGACCUGCCCACGCUCGAAGAGUUUACCAAGAAUGCAGAGGAUCUAGCUGUGUGUAGCGAGGAACUUGAGGUUAAGCGAGGACAGGUGGAGGACCUUGAACAGCGACUAGAGGAGACCUCACAGACGCUCACUGACAAGGAGGCUACUAUACAUGACCUAGAGAACAAGCAGAAGCACCUGGCAGGCAAAAUGCGUGAAGUGAGCGCUGAAAUCUAUCGCAUGAAGACCCACGGGGAGGGGAAGGCGCUUGCUCUGUGUCAGGAGGAGCUUGCAGAGACACGAGAGGUCAAGGACAAGGUCACACAAGACCUUGAGAAGGCAAAAAAGUUGUUGGAGGCUAACCACCGACGGGUCCGUCAGGUAGAGGGUCGUCAUGUGACGGAGGUGCGGGGCCUUCAAGAGCGACUGUCGCAGGAGGAGGAGGCAGUGACGGCACUAAGAGAGGAGGCUCGUCUAAAGGAGGAGCAGGUCUCUAAGCUAAAGAAGUCACUUAAGGAGUUUGGAAAGAAGAACCAGGAUUUGAUGGAGGAGACAAUGAUGAUGAAGGAACAGCUCCAGCAGCUACAGUCAACAUCACUUGACGAUGCCCAGCGCCUGCAGCGUCGGUUUGUGCGUGAGAUGAGUGCGUGUUUUACGGACCUGCAGUCCCUGGUACAGAUACUGGUCCAACAGGCAGAGGGCAAGGAUCCCAACGUCUCCCUUCUGCUGGGAACCAGAGCUUCAGUUGAUGAGGAUGCUUGUUUGUCAAUGAGUGAUGAACAGUCAUUGAAGCACUGGUUCGGUCGUCUACGAGAGCUGAGGUCCGAGGUGGAACAGGUUCGCAGCACGCUUUGUGACAAGCUUGCCAAGGACAUGGGGGACAACCUCAACUGUGCACAACAGUAGCCAGGGAAGGUCUCUGAUCUAUAGGAGACAACAAAUGUGGACAUAGAAGAUCGUCUAGAUUUGGUUCAGUAGAAGAAAAGACAAAUAGUUGUUGAAUGGACACAAUCCCAUGGAUUUGUGAAUUCUCUCUAUGUCCAGUACCAUUAUAAAUCCAUGAUCUGUGGAUGAUAUGAUAGUUGUUGAAUGGACACAAUCCUAUGGAUAUGUGAAUUCACUGACCAGUUCAAGUACCAGUAAAGAUUCAUGAACACUGGAUGAGUCAAUGCAAGGGAUAUCCUGCAUUGUUUGCCCAGAAAGCUAUUUAGUGUAGUAUUCUUUGUAAAGUUUAUUGGUACUAGAAUGGUGACUCAAUGAUUGAUAGGGCAGAUUCUGUGUAUGUGUCUUUAUAAAGCAAGACUUUGUGAACCUGAAGGCUGAUUUCCACAUAUUUGGGUGUUUUUCAUUCAUCUUAUUUUUUGCUUAUGAUUGUUUAUGUAAUAUCCAGCAUUCUUUGAAAUUGAAGUGGCCUAUUACAUGUAAAUGUUUGGAAUCUCAUGUUGACACAUGGUAUACACUUUUACCAGUGAUGUACAUUUACUAAGUAACUGAUCUAUUACUGCAUGUUGCUCAUUUGUUCACAAAUUGAUAUUUAUCCUACAUGUUUACCUGGUAUGUUGAACCCACCUUGUUACUUUAUGUGCCAAAGAAUGUAUUGUUAUGCAUACAAUCUUUAAACAUGUUUUAGGGAUAUAAAUAGCCAAAGUUGAACUCUGCCAUGUAAAUAUACAAGUUAUAUAUAUUUGUUAUCAACGGGUAGCUAGGCUUGUUUGAUUGGAUAAUGUAUAUUUUCUGUAAAUAAUACAAUGCAUUUGUACACUAUAGAUUAUUGUAGUAUGCCGUUUUAGAGCAUUUGAAUUUAUUAGAACUUUUUUGUUAAUGUAAAGUUUUGUACUUUUUGUAAUUUUUUGUAACUUACUGCAUUUGUUGUAAGCAGAUUUUGUAUUACAUGUAGAGAUUAGCCACAGACCUGUUCCAUGUCAGUCAUGAUAUUCAAACAUUGACAUUUCAUCAUUAUUUUAGAUAACAUUACCCUUCAUUGACUGACAUAUUUAUCGAGUCAUUCCAUCAUAAUUUUGUUUUGGAUGAAGUUCUGUUAAGAUAAUAGCAGUGACCGAAAUGAGCACAAGCCUGAAUCAACCCCGGGAUUGUAAAACCUUUUGGGUGUUGUUAUAUGCUCAUUCAUUCAGGUUAUAAUUUUAGAAAUAAAUGAACAUCUAGUUUUCCGGCUUGUUCAGGCAUCGAAACAAAGAAUGUGUUGAACAACCUCAAUUACUAUAUGUUCAUAUAAUAAUGAGAUUAUACCACCCACCGGAAUCUAUAAAUUCAAAACAAACCAAAAUUCUUUUACAACCCCAGACUAGCUUUGGGCUUGCAGACUUGUGGUAAUUUCUUUCACUGCCACUGCUUGUUCAAGAAAAUAUCAAUUUUUAGCUCGACUAUUCGAAGAAUAAGGAGAGCUAUACUACUCACCCAAGCGCCUGCGUCAGCGUCACCCCUUGGUUAAGGUUUUGCGUGCAAGCACACAUAGGUUAAUAUCUCAGCAACUACUUGAGGUAUUGCAUUGAGACUUUAUACAAUGGUAUUCAACCACCCAACUUAAUUGAAUAACCAAGUUAGAUAACUGUAUUUUGCAAAAAAUGGCCCUUUGUUAUUAGACUUAGAAAUUCUCGUUUUAGUUUUAACAGUGAUCCAUGCAUGUUUCGCCAAAACUUUUCAAUCCUUACACUGAAAAGCGGCGGAAUAGUCGAGCGCGCUGUCUCUGUGACAGCUCUUGUUAUAACUGUAAUAGCUAAACAUAUAUUUUAUGAGCCUCAAGAGGUAUAUAUAAUCAAACCUAAUAGGAAACUGAAUUUGCAUAUAGCCCAUGUGUUGAGAUAUCUUUGAAGAAUAUAUGGAGCCUAUUACAUUUUUAGCACAGGUAAUUUAAGGUGAUCUGAACUUACAAUAAUAUCGUUUAUUUUUUAAUAUCAAAUAUAUAUCCUUAGAUAUUGUUUCUGUAAUAUGUUACACUAUUCCUACCAAUGGCUUUACUAACAGAAAAACAUGCUAUGAGCCAUGUCAUCACAAUGUCAUUCCCCUAGUGCCAUACCAGACCAGUAUUUCGUUGUUGGCAAUAACCAUUGAAUGUACAAGGUGUAUCUGCCCAUCAAACUUUAACAGGCAUUUUUAAUGCAUAAUGAAUGAUUACAAAAAUAACCAUCAUCCUUAUACAAAAAUAUGAAGAACAGUAACUUCAUAUCAUAAAGCUGACAUUUUACUAUAUUGCAAAGUGUUUACCUGUAAUAAAACAGAAGAAAUUGAACAUCAACAUAAAAUUAAAUGGAAGUACAUGUAUUAAUAAUCCUUUUUUACACUUUUCUAAAUUUGAUUUCCUCUUGAUUUUAACUUAUUAUCUUUGUUGGAUAGAAACAGUUGUACUGGUAAUCUUUACCAUUUCCUUGAUAUUCAAACAAUUAUUCUACAAAUUUGUUGAUACCGGUAAGUGUUGAUAUAUUUUGUUGAUAAGUGCUAAUGUGAAUUUCUUUGGCCUAACUAUAUUUUCUAUUUGACUGAUAUUAUACAAUAUUUCGCGAAGUAUGUUUAUUGAUGAACAUUGUUUCUCACGGCCUAUACAGUUAUGUCUCACUUUAUAUGCAGCUGAAAGAUUGUGUGUGUUUGUACAUAAUAUUCAUCUGUGAUAGCAAAGAUCUCCUGUAGUUUAGUACUUUAUUUAUUUUUCAUGUAUAUUGGUUUUUGUGAGUUCAGAGAAAAUAAACUGUAAAUUUUUCAA